CUUGGCUUCACCUGAGUCUGUUCUGAGGAACCGCAUGUGCGUGCAGCGCAGUACAGUCAGAUCUCCAGAGCAGAGGCAUCAUUAGCAGCACAACGGGGAAUCCUAUGGAAACACAGUGUGACUGAUGCUUACUUUUUCUGAAACACUGAGCGGGAAACCUUUGACAGAGCAAGGAUGAGUUAGCAGCCCAUGACUGCACUGCUGGAAGGGGAGCCUGUUCUAGUGAAUCAGCAUCAAUUACACCACAUUAUCUUCAGCAGAGUGUUGCUGGAAGGACCUGCCUGGAUCUUAGCAGAACCUUAGUGCAUCCUGUUGAUCAUGGGGCAGACCAAACCGCUAAUCUCCAUGCUGGUGGUGCUCGGACACCUAAUAUCCGUCAUUUGGGGUUUUCCAUUUGGACCAGUCCUUGAUAUGGAUGUCACCCCCAGGACAACUGUACAUGUCAAUGGACUGCUGGGUUGUAAUCAUUUCCAUGGAGCUGCAGUGAACUACAGCUCUCUGUUACUGGAGGAUGGGCCUGGGUUGCUGUAUGUUGGGGCCAGAGAGGCCAUUUACAAACUGGACACCGCUAACAUCUCUGACACUAAUAUCUCUCUUUCUCUGGAAUGGGCAGCAUCUGCUGAACAGAAGAAGCAAUGCCUGAGCAAAGGAAAGAACAAUCAGACUGAAUGCUACAAUCACGUGCGAUUCCUGGACAGAUACAACGACACUCAUCUGUACACCUGCGGGACGCAUGCCUUCAGACCACGCUGUGCUUACAUAGAUGUGGCACGCUUCACCUUUGUGCGUUUUGAGGAGGGAAAGGAGAAAUGUCCUUAUGACCCUACAAAGGGCUACACUGGAUUUAUGAUAGAUGGUGAGAUGUACUCUGCAUCUCAGUAUGAGUUUCGUAACAUCCCUGAUAUACGACGCAACUUUCCUUUCCCAAAUUUGCGGACAGACGAUUCCCCAACAAGAUGGCUGCUGGAGUCAGAUUUUGUCGGCUCAGCUUUACUCAGAGAGAGCAUCAACAGCUCCAUCGGGGAUGAUGACAAACUCUACUUCUUCUUCACGGAGAGGAACACAGAACCGACGGCUUACUCCAGCCAGACCAAAGUGGCCAGGGUGGCCCGUGUGUGUAAAGGGGACAUUGGAGGGCAGAAGACUCUUCAGAGGAAGUGGACAUCCUUUCUCAAGGCCAGGCUGGUGUGCGCCAUCCCUGAUUAUGAGCUUCAAUUCAACGUCCUUCGCAGUGUUUUUGUCGCCGAGGGAAGUGACGUACAUGACAGUGUCUUUUAUGGCAUUUUUGGACUUGAGUGGAGAAAUGUUAAGAUGUCUGCAGUUUGUCAGUAUUCUCUCAGAGAUGUCCAGACAGCUUUUGAUGGGCCUUACAUGGAACUGCAGGACUCCAAAUGGAGGGAGUACACUGGGAAAGUUCCGGAUCCGAGGCCUGGCUCGUGUAUAACUGAUCAGCAUCGUGCCCUGCUCAUAAAUUCCUCCCGGGAUCUCCCUGACAACAUACUGAAUUUUGUACGGAAACACCCUUUAAUGUCCAGACAAAUCCAGCCAGUGGGAGGACGUCCUCUUUUGCUCCAGAGGAGCGCGGACUACACCAAGAUGGCUGUACAACAGGUUGUGGGUUUGGAUGGACUCAUUUAUGACAUGCUCUUCAUUGGAACAGAUGAAGGCUGGUUACACAGGGCUGUAAAGAUCAGAGACCGUGUGCACAUCAUUGAGGAGCUUCAACUGUUUGAAGAGAAGCAACCGAUCAAUAACAUGGUGAUAUCACAAAAACAGAACAGUAUCUAUGUGAGCGCCCCCUCUGGACUGGUGCAAGUACCCCUGUCAUCCUGUGAGCGCUACACCUCCUGUUAUGACUGUGUGUUUGCACGAGACCCACUCUGUGGCUGGGAUGGAAGAACAUGUGCUGAGAUAGCAUCUUACGCUAACAGGUCCAGUCUCAUCCAGGACAUCCAGAUGGGACGCAGAGGCUGUAGUAAUAUUACAAGUGAUGGUUUCGUCUUGCAUCGGACACGUGCAGUGAUGGCAGGAGAUGAUGUGCUGUUACAGUGUGAGAUUCGUUCUAACCUGGCCACCCCUCACUGGACCCUGAAUGGUCAGCAGCUACAGGGUUACGGCGUAGACUUCGGCUACCGCACGGGCAAUGAUGGCCUUCUCAUCAUUGGUACUCAAAACCAGCAGAGUGGACACUACCGCUGUUACGCAGUGGAGAAUGGCGUCUGGGUUCCCGUUCGCAGUUAUGUGGUUAGAGUGCAACCAGUUCCGCCUCCUGCAUCACAUCUCUCAGGAAGCCCGACGGCUCUACCCGAAAGUUUCUUCACCACCACAACUGCGCCAACUCCGAGUCCUUCCAGUGGACCUGUUGAGCAGAUCCUGUCACCCCCACCGGCCCUGUUGCCUUCUGGGCCGGAGUUCCAGACCUACAGGCACAUGGAGGCCAUGUAUAUCUCUCUGGUGGCUGUACUCGGUGGGCUUUGUCUGGUACUAACGGUGGUCCUGCUGUAUGUUAGCUUCUGUGCACACAACUCUCCCAAUGCCAGAAAGUACUCCCAGCAAGCUCUGUCCAUAACCACAGCAACCGAAAGAAAGAGGAGCUCGCACUUUGAGCUCAAAACCAUCUCUAGCCACUGCAAUGGCCGAACGGAGGGGCGUAGCAGAGCGACGUCAAGAGACGGAGAGUUUCUACAGAUCGUUCCAGCGGACAUCCAGACCACGCCGAGUGAGGAGCCUCCACCCGCGCCACCACUUCCUAUGCCACCGCCCCUGCCCGACUCGGAAUACGCCAACGGACUGUCGGCCACGUUGCCCAGCAUGCUAAGAAAGAUGAACGGGAACAGCUAUGUGCUCCUGAGGCAGACGGACUCAGAAAUGACGUCUCCGCUUUACCACUCCUUCACUGAGGAGCUCAACAAGAUUCUAGAAAAGAGGAAACACACACAGCUGGACAUCCAACCAGAUGAGAGCUCAGUGUAGCAUGAGAUCACACCAUUACUAUAUCGCCCCCUUGUGGUGUGGAGGCUUACAUUUUGUAUAAGACCUAAGAGAGCUGUGUUGUGAAGUUCUUCAUAGAGUCUUGAUAUACAACUUAUUGGCUUUUUGGCACCUUUGAGAAUCCUCUCAUGAUUUUUUUGAAAGUACAUUCGUGAAAAUGUUUAUGAGUUGUUGUUUUUUUUUUUUUCUAAUUUACUUCAGGCCUACUGAUUAAAUUUAGUAGAUGUCAACUGUAGCUAAAGACUCCUAGACUGUGGACCUCGGAGUGUAAAAAACACAAGAGGAACUUCACGCAAGACUGAAUUUGGUUAAGUUUGGUACAGUUUCAUUUUAAAAGGAGAAUUAAGAGUCUUCAGAACACUGUCCAAAGACUUUCUCAGAAAAGCAAUGCAUAUUUGUACAUAACAUGCAGACGUUUACAGAUUUUUUUUUUUUUUUUUUGCCUAAUUGCACCUGAUGUAAAUAACACUGACCCUAAAUAACAGAAGGAGUUUGGGUUUUGAGACUGUUGGCAACAUUUCAUGAGUGUGAGGGCACAUGUUCUUGAGUUUUGGACUUUUCAGCAACACAAUUUCACAGUAGAUUGCAGUCAGAUUGCAGGAGCAGGGAGUGUUAGCACAUGCAUCAUUGAGAUCUGCGGAUACAGAGGUGGUCAUUUUCAGAGUCACUCAGCUGUAGGGCUCGACGCCUCUUUCAGGGAUGAGUUGUGUUUCUCUUUGGCAGUGUGUCAGAUGGAGUGAAUGCAUCUCGGAAUGGAAGAAUCACUCUGUCUGAUGCAUGAUUUCCUUGUCAAAUGCUGUCCAGCCUUGACAGCAUAUGCUUUUUUAUGUUUGAAUGAAGCAAGAGAUGCCUACACAACAAAUGGCAGGACCUUUGAAGUUUAGUUGGAAGAUAAUGAGUUUGCAUUCAAUUCAUUUACUGCAUUUAGCAUGAUAAUAUGUGCCUGGUUAAUUCAUUUAUUUAAAAUUUCAGACAUAGAUGUUUUUUUUAUUAGGGCUGUCAAUAAAUUAUUUGUUGUAAUUUAGAACAAUUAAUUGAAUAGUGUAUCUGAUACACUAUCAUUCAAAAGUUUGGAUUCAGUCAUUUUUUAAAAGGUUUUGAAAGAAGUCUCUAAUGCUCAUCAAGGCUGCAUUUAUUUGAUCAAAAAAUACAGUAAAAACAGUAAUAUUGUGAAGUAUUAUUGCAAUUUAAAAUAACUGUUUUCUAUUUUAAUGUGUUUUAAAAUGUAAUUUAUUCUUGUGAUGGCAAAGAAGCCAUUAUGUCAGUCUUCAGUGUCACGAUCCUUCAGAAAUCAUUCUAAUUUGCUGAUUUGCUGCUCAAGAAACAUUUCCUAUUAUUAUCAAUGUUGCUAAUGUAGUGAUCAGCAGGCAGACAUGAGGGCAGACACCCCCCAUUACAUCAAUAGUCCCCUUUAAUCUGCCAAAAUGAAAAGCACAGGACCCCAAAAAUCGCACCUUCAAGAGAAGAUCCACAAACAAAGAAAUAGAUGGACUUGUAGUUCAGCCUGCAAAGACAAUCACCCUGACCAUUUGUGCAAAGGAAGAAUGAUGACAUUAGCAUGUCAUUGAGCAGACUAAUCCUAUCACCAUUUUGCCCUAUUGUUCACCCCCGUCCCUCAGUCAGGUUUGCCACGUGGCUUAAAGUCACAAAGGACAUAAAAAGACACACAGUAGACAAAAUGGAGCAAAUCUUCUCCAUUUCUAUUAACAGAACUGUAUAUACUCAAUGAGUGUUGUUUGUGUACAUGCAAAAUAUACAAACUUACCUAUUAAGGUAUACAUGAAUGCAUAGGUAGCUCAACAUAACCCAGUGAUGUUUGGACUUUAUGUAGGGGUGUAAUGGUACACACUACUCACGGUUCGGUACGUACCUCGGUUUUGAAGUCACGGUUCAGAACGGUUUUCGGUACAGCAGGUGGAGAGAAAACUAAACAUAAAAUUGCUUUUUUUUUUAUUAAACAGUGGUUUACUGAACAAAUUGUGUUGAAUGAAAUUAUAACUAAAAGUUUCUUAAGGAUAAAAAAGUUAUCUUUGCUAAUGGUAUAAACUAUGUAGGGAGCCCUUACUUGAACAUUAUGCUACUAUAAUAUUAAUGGUUAAUAACUGAGCCCAAACUAUUAGCCUAAAUUCAAUUGCUUUUUAUUUUUAGAUAAAAUAAUCAACACUCAAUUAACAAAUUGUAUGCAAACAUGUAAACUGCACCUAAGGCAGUUUUUGCAUUAACUUCUAAAUGUUUUUACUCCAAUUCGUUGUUAAAAUAUAAUCAUUUCUAGUGGUUGUCAUUUUCAUGACAGUUUAAUAUAAACAUACAUUAAAUAAUAAAGACAUCACUAAAAGGUUAAGUAAAAUAUAAUGAUUAUAUAGGCUAAUACAGUGCAUAUAUUAAGCGAAAGAGUUAUUCCGCCAUUGAAACACUGAUUGAGCGAUUACAAGAGAUAUGACCGUUUCAGUACGUUGUACUGUAUUUUUCAACAUACCUUCAGAUGUUAUUUCAUGUUUAUUCUGUAACUAGUAUUAAAGAGGAAGAGAUGAUCGCGUUCACUCGCGCUCCGUGCUCGUGCUGCCGGUUGAACUGGAGCGCCUGUACAGUGAUCUGUCACGCCGCAUCAGAGAGCGUCAAAAUGGCAUUUUCUGUUUGAAUUUCAUGAUUUGGUCGACAGAAUUUGAAGGAUGACACUUUGUUUCUUAUCGAAAGUAACAGAACGCAGAGCUUAUUGCGAUUAUUGGGGGUUAGGCUACAAUGUUGCAAUGUAAUGCUUCGGUACACACGAACCGAAAGCCCUGUACCGAAACGGUUCGGUACGAAUACGUGUACCGUUACACCCCUAACUUUAUGUUUUCAGCACAAUGCCUAGGUUAAUCUGAAAUUGGUUUGGAAAGUGAAUUAUGCAUAGGAAAAACCUUAAAGACAUUGUUCUAAACAUGAACUUUAAGCUAUGCAAAUGAACCUCAUGCAAGAGAGGGGCCAUCCAGUGGCCACCUCUGACUGCAUCAUCCAAUCAAAACACUGGAUCUGAAAGGUGCCAAUUUGCAUUUCCCUCCUUCUCGGGACAGAUUAAAAGGCUUGUCUCUUAGACAAAGAAUUGUUCCAGUUGGGUUGCUGCAGUUGCCCAUUCUGGUUCCAGGUUCCAGUUCCUGUUCCAGUUCCGGUUCAAGGUUCCGGUCCCAAGAUGUGCUAAGCUAAGUCCAACUCUAUGGAGUUGUGAAGUUGCUCUCUCAAGACUCUGAAGCUCUAAAGAGAGAAAUAAGGAAGUGAAUUUGGGGAGUUUGAAAACUGCAACGGAGACAACGAUGACAAGAUUAGCCCCCCAUCUUCAAAAUAUCUUCUGCACCAAAUUCAAAAUCCUCUCAUCAGAGAUCCUCCAGAUUUGCAUGUUCUGCACUGAUUUCAGUCUAAAGAUCUGCGUGUUCCAGAGAAUAAGGAUCAUCUGCACAGACAUCAGAACCUUCAAGGCUUCUUCUUCUGCAUGUUCCAGGAAAAGGACCUUCUCUGUGCUCCAGGCGUUCAACGUUCAAAAGUACUUCGGUUCAAGGCUGUGAAAUGGAUUCCAAGUCCUUUCUUCGCACUGCACCGCUGCCCAGCUCAACAAGUGGAAGACGUCACCCUCGGAUUCAGCACGACCAGGCAGACGUAAUAUCACUUACCAAACCUCUUUCCAGAGACCUUGGCAUUAGUGUAUAUUGUCAGUAUAUGAUUAUCUAAUUGCAUUAGAUUUUGCAUAUCUGAUGUCAGUUAAUAACAAAUAAUCUCUCGGUUUAUUUGUUGAAUUCAGAAUAAGGUUUACCUUAUUUCUUCUAGAGAAACUACAGUUUAUCUUUCUAUAAGAUUAACUUGUAACUGCCAUAAUAACAUCCAACUCAUUCACUUGCAUUUAUCAGUCUUUCUGCACUUUAUCCAUUCAGUAGUUUUUAGUUACUCUUGUCUAUCCUUUUGUUAAUAAAAUCCAUUUAUUACA